GGAAGCAUACACUUUUGAUUCAGGGACACAAUACCGUUUCCUACCGAGGAGACGAAACAACGGAUUUAAGUAACCUUAAUCGUGGUAUUCCAUUCUUGAGUAGAAUCAAAAGGUUCAAACAGAGCUUUUCUUCACGCUGGCUUACAUCAAAAUUUUAGUCCAAAUCGCUUUUGAUUGAAUUGUGCCCUUCGAAAACAAGAAGAGGAUUAAGAGAGCUGUGAUGGCGGCGGCGAUAAACAGUUAUAUCACCGACGAUUUGGUAACGGCGAUUCUCACUUGCCUUCCAGUAAAGUCGCUGCUGCGAUUCAGGUGCGUCUGCAAAUCAUGGAGUGUUCUGACUGAAAACCCAGAUUUCAUAACCAAACACCAUCUCAAACGUAAUAUUAUCGACAACAAUACUGUUAAUGCGUUUGUGAAGCGUAAUGGCGAACCAUUCGGUAAACCCAUGAUGUCUACUCUUAAAGGUGUUGAUAAUGAAGAAAUAUUGACUGUAGUAGAAUCCAAUUUUGUACCAUCCUGCGAUCAAUUAAUAAUCUGUGGUUCUCGUAAUGGCAUACUCUGUCUCCAUAACCCUGACUUGUAUUCGGAUGUUAUUGUUCUAUGGAACCCUUCUACCAGAGAUUUGAAAACUUUACCUGAGUCGCCAUUGGAGCCCCCGGAUACACGUGAAACUCUGUUUGGCGAUAUUGGGUUUGGUUUUGAUCGCAGAACUAAUGAUUACAAGGUGAUACGGUUUGUUCUUUAUCGUUGCGAUGAUGAUGACGACAAGGAGGAGGAGGAGGAGGAGCACGAUGAUGACGACCAUGAUGAGGAGGAGGAGGACGAUGAUGAUGAGGAUGACGACGACGACGACGACGAGGAGGAAGACGAUGAUGAUGAGGAAGAGGAGGAGGAUGAUGAUUAUUUUGUUGGACAAGUAGAGUUAUACUCUUUAAAGAGUGAUUCUUGGAGAGUGAUUCCUCGAAUGAACGCAGACAUUUUUCCAUGUUGCUAUUACUGCAACACCUACAAGGAUGGAGUUAAAUAUUGGUGGGGAAGGAAAUCAACUGAUGAUUCUCAAUGGCUCAUGUCCUUCGACAUGGUAGAAGAAGUGUUUGAGACAGUGGAGCUGCCCUCUGAUUUUGGGGAUUUUCGCAAUCCUGUAUUUUCAGUCUUCAAUGGACAACUUUGUAUGGUUCUUUACAUAGAUGACAAAAUGGAGUCAUUGUUUGAGAUAUGGGUAAUGACUGACAAUGGAGUUAGGAAGACAUGGGUCGAACAAAUGACUAUUCAGGUUUCAGGAGUUUUAAGGCCCUUAGAAUUUUGGAAGGAUAGGGGAUUGUUUUUGGAAGAUGACCAGGGGCAACUAGUCUUGUACGACAUUCGUACCAAAGAGAUGAAGAACCUUCAACUCCGUGGGAAGAGAUAUACAUUUCAAGUUGUAAACUAUGAGGAGAGUCUUGUUCCAAUCAAUAGCAGACGAGCUCAAAACAAUAAUACUGAGGUUGAGGAGCAACAAGGACUUGCAUCUCAGAUGAUGGUUCUUCAUGACCUUUCAGAGAAAUGUUCCUUUAAUGUGAGAAUGCAAUUUUGAAUGUUUAUGGGUUUUUAUAGUUAUAUUAUUUUGAUGAUUUCUUCAAUCCGAACUUGAAACUUCUUGGUUGGCUAAUCUCCUCAAGAUGUGAAGUUUUCUUUACAUGAUUUUUAGCCUCUAUGAACACUUUCAAUUCUUCUCUGCUAAUGCUCCAUUCUGUGAUUUUGUAUGAGAAAUCAUUCUUGCAGUUUAAUACAUUUUCUAGCUUGUCUUAAAAGCUGCUUUUUCAACCAUAUGAUUAUGAAGAUGCAUCUUUUAUCAUGUACAAAAGAUAUGAAGGAAAUUAAUGAAGAGUUUGUGGUUUUGGAGUGGCAUUCAAAGUAGCACAGAUGGUUUACAGUUUAAAUGAGAAGUUCUCUUUCUGUUUGGUGGACUGCCAAAUCAGAAAGGAAAGAAAAAAAAACUGGCUGCUCGUUAGAUUGAAAAAAAAUAAAAAAGAAA